AAUACAGCAUGCGCUUGCUGAAGACACGUAACUGCAAGGGGUGUGCUUCUACCACAGGGGAGGCCAGAAUUAAGGGUCUUCAUCGAGAACGACACGCACACGCCGGUCUGCACGCCAGUGGACCCCCGCCCCCUGGUCCUUCUUCUUUCCGAUAUGACGUCACAACUGCAUACGACACCUGGACGAGACUGCAAGACUGGUCCAUGGGACUGGUCCAUACUGGCCAGAUGAUAGUUACAGCUUCGACUAACCGACUCUGACCUUGCCCGCCAAGAUCGUGUUCUCGCGCAGCCUGGACAUAGCCUAUCAUAACGCACCCCAUAAUUUUACAUAUUGCACACACUCGCAUGCAUCGUUGUCGCCGUUGCCACAAAGGCUGACACCAAACCCUAGCGAUAACGCUGAUGCUGUCGCGGUCGAGGUGAUCCAUAGGUAUAUCCUGGCCGCAAACGAGCAACAACAGAUACUAUAACCACUAAGAAGCGACACCAGGAACAGCGAGGGCGUGGCGCGGUCAAUGCGCGCUGUAGACAUGCAAGGACUGGCCUGCAAACGAGCUAUCACUAGCCCGUUGUGUGGCCCUUGUGCAAACGCACGCUCAGUGCUAGCAACGUGCCGCCCCGCGUCACCGGCCCCACCACCACCACCACCACUCGCGAGCCCCGCACUGACUGUGCCCCGUUGGCCAGCGCCAUGCCGCGCCCGGUCCUUGCGCUGCGCCGUCGGCCCCUCCCCUGGCCCCGCCGGCCCCACUCCCUCCUCUCCCGACGGCGCCAGCAGCAGCACCAACAGCAGCAGCACCAAUAGCACCAACAACGGUAGCGCCAACAGCAGUGGCAGUGGCGCCGGCGCGGCGCAGGAGGACCCUUUGUCUCUGGAGGCGGCCGCGGCCACUCUGGACGUCAUCUGGGGUCUGGCCCGGCGGCGGCAGGUGGACGAGCUGCUGCGCUACUUCCCGGACAGUGUGGUGGAUGGAGCGGACGAGCUGCGCAGCGCGGCGGAAUCGGACAGGCCGCUGACGUUCCGCGACGUGGUGGAGUACGGCUUUGAGAUAAAGGGGUUCACAUUCGACUCCUACGCCGAGCGCCACCUCUACUUCGCGCCGCCCGCAGCCGUGACGCGCCUCAGCGGCUUCCGCACCGCACCCGACCGCUGCGUGCUGCGGUACGCCGUGGCGGAGCGGCAGGAGCAGGAGCAGGCGGGGGCGGAGGAGGCAGAGGAGGCGGGGGCGGGGGCAGCGGGAGCAGCGGCUGGGGGAGGAGCUGGCGGCGCGGGCGCAGGAGAACGGGCCAUCCUCACGUUCGGGCUGGAGUGCCGCGAGAUGCUGUCGCCGCACUACCGCUCAGCGCGCAUCGACUACGUAUGGCAGGUGGUGUCUGUGACUGGCGAGGCGGACCCGGCGGCGCUGCAGCAGCACCAGUUGGACCGGCGCGGAGGAGGCAUCAGGUCAGCGGCAGCAGGCGCAUCAGCAGGAGGGGCAGGAGGGGCGGAGCAGCAGCAGGCGGCGGAGCGGGAUGACGCCGCGGAGGAGCACCCGCGCGGGCCGCACCCCUGCAUCCCGCCCGAGGCGGUUGUGGCAGCGCAGCUGGCCGCACUCAAGGCCGACGACGCGGCCACGGUGUUCGCAUUCGCCUCGCCCGGCAACCAGGCCGCCACGGGGCCGCUGGAGCGCUUCGCGGCGCUGCUCCGGAACCCUAUGUACCGGCCGCUGCUGCGCCACCGCACCGCCGCGCCCUACCGGCGCAAGAUGCUGUCCGCCAACAGCUACAGCGAGGUGGCCAAGGUGGUCAGCGACAACACGGGCCUGGACAACACGGUUGAGAUGGUGUACCUGUGGGAGCUGUCCAGGCAGGGCCCCGCCGCCGGCCCCUUCCAGGGCUGCUGGAUGGUGGACGGCGUCAGCCUGGUGGCUGCCAAGGUGCUCAGCUGAGACUGAGACUGGCGCCGUGGGGGCAUGCAGAUCGAGUAGUCCUUGAUGAGCCCAUUGCCGCCGCACUGUAUGCUGCGCUGCUGUGAAACGGAGUGGGCGCGUGGGACUCCCACGCAGCUCAGCAGCUCAGCCUCAGGUUACAUGGGUUACAAGAGGGACCUGCUCGGCCUCAGGCCCCGGGCUUAGUGGGGGACGGGCGUCGGCGCGGCCGUGUGGAUGAUGCCGAGACGCGGUGGGGUCUGUCAGGACCAAACCAUGAAGAGACGCCUUAGGCUUAUUGCAGGUUCAUUGGGGUUGGGCUGCGGGCACACCGGUUGCGGGCGGCUCUAUUGUUGUACGCGGUUGAAGGAGCAUGGGGGCAGGCGUUAAGGGCGGGCUCACUGCGAGCCGCUGGAGCGGGUAUGUGUCUCAGCAGGCUGUGACCCCUACUGAUCCGUCGGCGCAGCUUGGCCGGGCAGCGACCUCCAUCCAGCAGUUGUUCCAGAGGCAGCCGCGUCCCCACAACCACAUUGUAAAGCCAUACGGUA